UUGCAAACGCGAACGGCGAGAGGGCCGCGCGCGCGAGACGACUUCGACGCGACCCCGUCGUUGUAACGUCGUAUCGCUCACGACCAGACGUGUGUGGGUUUUUUUUUUGUUUUGUUGUAACGUGAAAGUAGUCGUCGGACCCUCCCUCCCUCUUCUCUCCUUCCCGGUAGCUCGCACAUGCUCAGUAGCGUGCGCAAAGUAUCGCUAAUCGAAGGAGAGACUCGGAGCUGUCGGUCGGUCGCGGCAGCGGCAACGACGACGAUAACGGUAACGGCGACGGCGCGCGAGCGAGCUCGACGUGUUGUUCGCGAUUCAAAAUGCAGCCUGCAUCCACGCGUAUUGCGGUCUGAAUCCGUCGUAAAGGUAAAAGGAUGUGACUCGGUCUGGCUUUCAAUCUUCCUGCUAUGAGGCGAGAGCCGUCAGCGUGACAGAGAGCGCGAGAUUAAUGGAAGGCGUGACGGAACAGUCGGAGACGAGGGAACGGUCGGGGGAAAGCCAGGAUGAGACCGGACCCGGUUUAGUGGACGACGCAAUCGCGCUCGGGAAGGACGAUCCAUCCGUUCCUGCGGUCACGAAUGCGGGCGAAGGCGACAUGGAGCCGCCUCCCGAUUGGCUGGAGCCGUUGGAGGAUUGCGAAGACGAGGGCGACGAAGGCGUCGAGAUCGAUGGCGGAACCAAGCGAAGAAGCCGGAGGAGCAGAAAUACUUCGCGGAGACGUGGAAGGCCAUCGGUGUCCUCAAACAGCUCAUGGGUGGAUUGUCCUGAGUUGGGAAGUGGCUGGAAACGAAAAGUAAUCUUUUGGCGUGCGGGCAAAAAUGCAACGUAUUACUUAAGUCCCAAAGGCGUGCGCUUCAGGAGUAAAGUCCAACUCGCCAAACAUCUCAAAGCCGACCUGUCUCUCUUCGACUACAAAGAAGGAAAGUUUGUGGAUGCUAUCAUCCCAAGAAAGCGACGAAAAGCUCGUGUAAAAGAAGGCACCAGACGCAGCAGCCUUUCUUCCCCCAGAGCCAGUGCUCGGAACCUGGGCAGGGCUCACACUUCUGAGAACAUAACCACACCUUCUCAGAACGAGCCUGUCAGCCCGCAGACACCGCAGCUCAUCCCAAUAUCAGCGUCCAACUCUCCACCCCUGAAAACUUCCUACAGAAGCCCACCGGACCUUACACGUGUCUCACCCACCAUCCUCCAGCAGCCCAGCCCUUCACCCUCGCUCAAACUGGACGAUCUCUCGGUCCAAAGCAACUCAGUAUCUCAGUCCUGGCUCCAGUCCUCUCUGGCACCGGUCAGCCCCAAUAAAACCCCCGAGAGUGACUUCCCCACUUACCCAAAUGGCCAGAGCACCAUGAAAGACUCUUUGUAUCUCCAGCCACCCCCUUUAACACAGCUGGCCCUGGACUCUGAGGAAGGAAUGCACGAUCGCGGCCUCCCUCCUCUCGAAGGCUGUGCCAACUGUGGUUGUAAAUACCCCGGGAUGGGAAACGGAAGGCAGCUGUUGUGUCCCAAAUGCAGACCGAGAAGAAAUCAACAGCCUCAUAUUGUCUUCAGGAAGGUGGGACAGGAUAGGUGGAUUCUGGGAAACACCAAAAAUGACAAUUCCCUUACGAAAACGACACCUCCCUUAGGGAAGAGACGCUAUCCAUGUAAGUCUCUCAGAUUGAUGGCUCAGCAGGAAAAGGAAAAGGAUGAGAUUAAGAAGGAAGUGGAGCAGGACAGUGACGAUGAGGAAGACGGGCCUGAGGGUGGUGGCGAUGAUGAUUACGGGCCGAGGAAACGCAAACGGCGAAUGUGCGGCCACUGUAAAGCCUGCCUUCGUAAGGAGAACUGCGGGAAAUGUGAUUUUUGCUUGGACAAGACCAGAUACGGAGGCCCGAACAAGCUGAGGCAAAAAUGUCGCUUUCGCCAGUGUCAGGUUCGCUCGCGGCUUCAGACAGGGUCACUUAAAUACGCGAGAUCUGCCGGCGUAAGUGACUCGGGACAGGGUGAGUCGAGCUCGCGAAAGCACAGCAGGCACUGGGGGAGGCGAAAAAUCAAGCAUCGCUCAAGAACCAGCAAAUACUGUACAGACGACGAAAACGAUGACGAUGGCAAAUACGAAGACAGGCGUCUGGUCAGGAAAGGACGAAAGGGCAGGCCGAAGAGAUACACACGCCAUCAGAAACGAGUGAAGGACGAGUAUAAGGUGUCCGAUCCAGAGAUCGAGGACGGAGGACCAGGCGAUCUGGAGCAGGAACCAUUUGUGGGGUGCGAUGAUGGCAGCAGUGGUUUUUACGAGUCUGAAGAACUCUACUCGAACAACUACAUCAAGAACGGUGCUGCUCUUGAUCUGCUCAGGACCAGUGGACCUCAGAGAUUGGAGGUAGAAUAUCCAGAGCUUCCUCGGGGCACAGAGCUGGUGUACACUGUACCAGGUCUAGCUGAUGGUUCUCAGUUGCUGAGCUCGGUCCUCCCGAACAGCAUACCCCUGCAGCUGAAUGCCGUGUCAGGCUCACACAUGCCCCUGAUGCUGGAUGGCAUGACCAGCAAAUCCGUCCCUCAGCCACACCCCGAGGUCCUGACCAGCAACAGUGCGUCCCUGCCGCUCAGUGAUUUUCUGCGGAACCAUGGAUUGAAGCUGGUCGAGGUGGAUACAACCCUCCCACAGAUCCUUCCAGCUCCUCCUCCGGCUCCUCCCAGCCAUGAACCGGAGCACCAGAGUGAACCGGGGACUCGGGAAGCAUCGCCUGAGGUCUACAGCCUUCCGGACUCCACCGAGAGUUCCUCGAUCCGGGACUCGAAACUGCUGGAGCUGCUGACUUCCCUGCGUCGCACCAUUCUCCCUGCGCACUGGGUGGGAGUGAUGGCGAACGGCCCAAUCCUUCAGCUCUUCCAGUGUUCCAAGCUCUCGCCCAUGGCUGACACGGUGAUGCAGAUCGAACCCGAUUUCGUCUACCAGAUCAGCGUUCAGAACCAGCCGCUGCUGCCCACACACGCCGUGUACGAACGCCACCCGGCCCGCCUUACCUCCGUCAGCCAAGUGGUCAACCUGCUGCUCGACCUAGAGGAGAUGAACGUGUGCCAGGGCUACCAGAGUUUCGAGGCGAACUCGCAGCGGGAGCCGCUGCUGUGCGCUCGGGCCGCCUUGUGCCAGCUGCUCGUCCCGCAGGACGAGGACUGCUGCGAAAAAUGCCAGGAGUGCAACCCUCUCUUGACGAGCUAGUCUCCGAUCGAACGGUUAGGAGAAGAGAUCUGGAAAUCAUUACGUUCACUGUUUUGUUUGUAAGCGUAUAAAGUCCUACGUUAGAAAUGUAUUCAUGGAGGGGGGACAAACCCCGACGUCGUCCACUCAUGUGAUUCCCGCACCAAAAUCUCAACACAUUUUCCUUUACUGAGAAACCGAAAACCUACUGACUUCUAUAGAACGAUUGUGGACCAAAAGUUUGUGGACACCCGACCAUAACAUUGCGAUGUGCGACAUUCAGAACCUCCGAUUCCACGUUUAGUCCCUAUUCGCUGUUAUCUCCACUCUUCUGGGAAGAUUUGUGGAGAUACAUUCAGCCACAAGGGUGUCAAGUCGCUGAUGUAGGUGAGACGAGAAGGGGUGCAGUCCACUCAAGAACUUCCACUCCAACAUAUGUCCCCAUGUAAAGCAGAUCCCCAUGUGAAACAGGUUUUUUUGGUCUCCUGGUUGAACUGAAAAGAAAAUCUCAUGCUCCUCCAUCCAAAGACGUCCCAUAAUUGUUUCGGGUGUCCCAAUACUUUUGUCCAUAUAGUGUGUUAAUAUAAGUCUGUAAUUCGGUUCGUCUGAGCUUCUGGUGUAUAAACAAAAAAGGAAUCAGCUUCAUUCCCUGCCCAUUUUAAGCGUCUAUUGAUAAUUGAUUAUGGACAAAACCUGCUCUUCUGAUGGUCUUGAUCAGUAAUUGAGUUCCAUAAAUCCAGAGCAGGUCUUCAUAUCCUCUUUCUUCAGUCCAUGAAAAUGUGUUGAAUGAAACAAAUCACACACAGAACGGAUUCCGGUCCGACUAUGAUUUUCUAAAAGUUUUCGAAAAGUUCUCCUGGCAGCGAGAGCUCCGGUGGGAUAGAUGAUAUUCAUCUCGGCAAAGCCAGGCAGCUCGCAAGCCUGAGCAAGCAAAGGAAUAUUCCUGGUGAGAGUUGAGAUUUCCCAAUCAGUUCCCCAGGACGCCUUCCUGCAUGUUAUUAUUUUUUAUUUAUUGAUUAGUACUGUGACUUUGUACAUUGGUGCUCUAAGGGCUUGGUCUGAGUCGACGUCUUCUUCAAAAAACCAAUAACUGCGGAGACGCUCCUGUUGUUCUAAUGGUGCUUUUUUUUUUGUAUAAAAAAUCCUGUCUACGUAGCUCUCUGUAGCAAAACGUCUUGAUUGAGCAAACCUCUUGUCGGUCAUACACGACCAUCCCUGCAGCCUUUCAGUGUUCUUCAUCCUGUUCUUUUGAUCUCAGUUUGCUCUCAGACCUGUGGAGAGAGUAAGGAAAGUCAGUGACCUUUAACUACCUCUCAACCAUUCCUUGGGCCAUCGCUGGUAUCCGAAACUGUUUUCGCAUCGCUUUUCUGAUCUUCGAUUUGUUUUUCACAAAUGAUGCCUGUUUUUUUUUUUGUUUGUUUCACGGCUUUCCAUUGAGAAGGUCAUCAAGCUUUGAAUUCUAGUUCAUUGAUUAUAUACAGUCCAUGACCUGCUUUAACUCUAGGAUGUUUUGGAGUGAUCCUUUUUGUUAAGGAUCAUUAAACUAUUCAGUUAUAUUUUGAAUGCACCUUAAACCUUUGAAAUUCCUCUGGUGUGCUUCAUCUUCAAUUUCUACUAAUUUUCAACACCGAAUAUUAUGAGCACAGUAUUAGCACGAGAAAGCAAAAGUGCAAAUAUAAACAUACACUGUAUGGAUAAAACAUUGUGGACACCUGAGCAUAAGAUUGCUAUGUGCUUCUUUUCGAACAUCCCCUUCCACGGUUAGUUUCAAUUUGCCGCUAUGAAAAGCUCCACUUUUGUGGGAAGAUGUUCCACGAGAUUUUGGAGUGUGUUCGCGGACGUUUUUGUGGAGAUUUGCGAUUUUGUUCAUUCAGCCGCAAUUAAAAUGUAGGUGAGGAGGCCAGUGUGAAAAACUUCACCCUAAAGUUGUUCAAGAAGUUUUAUACCUCUAUAGCAGGAGAUCUUCCAGUGCAACCAAUAGAAAGCGUAUGUUCAUGGAACUGUCUUUGUGCACAGCUGCAUUGUCAUGCAGGAACGGGUUUGUGUCUAUUUCAGUUGUGUGCCUCCAAGAAACCACAUAUGUCUGGAAAAGUCGGGGGUCCUCAUAAUUUUCUGUCCAUAUAGUGUAUGCAUUAGAGUUAAAAAUACAUUGUAUAGUGUACAAUUUGUAAAUUGGGGCAAACAAUUAAUUGUUUCCCAUCAUGCAUACUAAAUACUAAAGCAGGAGGAUACACCAAAUACAUUGUUAGCACAAAAUAUCAAUAUUACAGUAUUUACAUUGCUGUACUACACUUUUUCAUAUAUGAAGCUAUUAAAAAAUCAGCUCUCGAUGCCAAGCAUCUAUAUUACUACAUAUUUAUAUAGUGUGUUUGGCAGCGAUUUUGGCAGAUUUUUUUCCUCAGAUUUUAUUUGAAAAAUGUUAUAGCGAACGCUACUGAAAUCCGGCUCGAACUUCCGCAAAUAUUAUAGAAAUAUUUUAUUUUGCUGGCGUGAUUUGUUUCAAUCGUCUCCUCGUGGGUGAUUCCAAAUCAAUACAAAUCAAUUUUUUAUCCUAGAACGAAAAAUUUUAAUCCUGGUGGGUGUGGUUUCUUGCAGGAUGACUCCGCCUACAGGACACAUGGUUCCUCAAUGAAUGGUUUAAUGUGGCUGAAAAGGAUAUAAAAUAUAGACUACCUUGAAAAUCACCAGCUGAGAGAUUGAUUUUAUUGUUGAAUUUAUUCCAACACCUUUUCAUUUGUUUCCUGUCUUUGAAAGAAAGAUUUUGUCAUUGAUUUUUUUUACAUCCUUUAGAUCAUGUCCUCAUAAUGUUGGUCUACCGAUUUUUUUGUGUGUGCGCUACUAAAAUCUACCCAAGAUGAUCGGUGUUCACCAAAGACUACUGAAGGUAGGACAGAAGACUGUUUUUUGUUUUUUUGUUUUUUUUGUAGAUUACGAUUAACCUGAACGUUUGCUGGCGAUUCUGAUGGUUUUUACACUUGAGUACGCAGAGUUAUUUUUGGCUCCUAGUGCGACUUUUUCCUUUGACAGGUACACAAAAGUUCUCCAAGGCGUCUUUCACACUUCUUAUACCACACAACCCUUUUUACAUGCAAUAUCAUGGAAAGAUGCUGCAUUUUAACAGCACUGCCAGUGGCAAUUUUUUUUGUCACAGUGGAGCUUCCAAAGUUCUCAGCACAGGUUCAUGUCAAUCAGGUUGCAAGCGAGAAAAACAAAUGUGAAGAACAGCGUGGUGGGGGUAGUCUUGGUAGUGAGCAGAUACAAGAAUUUUAUUGCAUGUUAAAUUGAAAAUAACCAUACAGUCAUACAAUAAUCUGUGUAAAAAGCCAUCCUUAUGUAUCACUUGAGUUUGGUGUCUUGCACUACUGGAUAAAAACGUUGUACAUUUUUAUGUCAAUAAGUCGCUCGUGCUACAAGGUGACUCAGUAUUUGCAUUGCCGAUGCUGCCGAGAAGAGCAAGUCCCGAGGUGAAGCAUUCCUGAAGAACAACAGCUCCACAGAGCGGUUUUGUUGGUUUUUCCCCUGCUAUAUUAGGUCUCCAGAUCUCGUCAGUGAGGUUGAAAACACAGCCGAAAGAUGAAAUCACAUAAGCUGAGGGACUCAUUGGCCAAAGUUUUGGUGUUUGAUGAUUUCUUUGUUCUAACACACCUGGUAAGCUACUGUAAAUCUGAUUGGAUUCACUAAACUGUUCAUACUGGACUUAAAUGGUUUGGAUGUUUGUUGGUACCUUUAUCACCUGUAUAUUUUAUGAAUGACAAAGCAAUCUUUCUUUUUUUUUUUGCUCCUCAUAAAACACUGAAUGUUUGCUUUUCUCUGCUGUACCCAUGACUGUUCUCUUUAUUUUAUUAUUAUGAAAACAAAAAUGUGUAACGCAGUUACUAUUCACCUCAAAGUAUUUUGCUAAAUUUUGGUGUGUCCCAAAGGUCAUACAAAUUUGUUGACUGAAAUAUUUUUAUAAUAUUUAAAGACUUUAAACAAACGACCAAAAAAAAAAGGUUACAGCUCAGCAUUUUAAUGCAAAACACACAGCAGAACACUGCGCUGGGGUCCUGCUAACCGGGGGGGUUUUAAAUCAUGAUUUCUAUGAGUGGUUAAAAGAUUGAUUAAAUCCUCAUAUUUGUUCAAA